UGUGUUAGUUAAUGUUAUGGUUUCUUAGUCUGAUGGGGAGAUUAGCACCUUGAAAACAUAUAGUAUCUCAAUAAACCUGGCCGGUUUUAAAAAAUUAUAAACCUAUUUCUUGGUUUAAAGGGAUGGAUUUGGAUAUUGGGUAUCGGUUUGAUUCGUACAAUGAACUAAAAGAUUAUUUAAAUAAGUUUUGCGAAGCAACAAACACAAAAUACUGGAAACGGGACGCGAGAACAAUCGGCGCCAGUCGAUCAUCAGGAAAUUUAAAAGAAGUAAAUCCAGACCUUGUUUAUUAUGAAUUAAAGUUUACAUGCAUUUAUGGAGGAAUAGAAUUUAAAUCCAGAGCGCACCAUAGACGAAAAUCUUCCCCUUUAAAAUCAAAUGGUUGUCCGUCUUAUUUACGGUUUAAAGUUUCCGAAGAUGGAGAAUCGUUACAAUUGGUAGCUAUGAAUUUUAAACACAACCAUGAACUAACAGUUCCCGAGAAAAGAGUACUUCCAAUAGGUGGUAGAAAAAGAGUUCUUUUGGGGAAUGAUUUUGAAAUUAAAAGCAAACGCUUACAGGAUCUUACUGCUUUGGAUAAUGUAGAACUUGAACAAGAAGGAGAAGAUUCAUCAAAUGAUCUUUUACAAAUGCUGCAGGACCCAAAAUGCGAGGGAAUAUUCGAAUCUAAAACUGAAGGAUUAACUGCAGAAAACUAUUUAUUUAAAGGUUUGGUGGUACCAGUCUUAACACCAUUUCAUGAUGAUGCGAAACAAUCAUUAAAUUUGGAUAUAAUACCAACUUAUGCAAACUUUUUAAAAGAUAAUGGAGUUGAUGGAGUCUUAGUUAAUGGGCCAAUUGGUGAAGGAAUGUCAAUGACUGUUGAUGAAAGAAAGCUAGUUACUGAAGCUUGGGUUGAUGCUGUGGCAGAAAUAAAACAGCAUAUUAUAGUCCAUGUGGGAGGAGCCCCUUUACCAGAUGUCUUGGAAUUAGCAAAACAUUCAGAUAAUAUAGGUGUCAAUUGCAUCAUGUGUCUUCCAGAUCUUUUUUUUAAACCUCAGUCUGUUGAAGAAUUAAUAACCUACAUAAAAUUAGUCAGUGAUGCGGCACCUCACACUCCUCUCCUGUAUCAACACAUUCCACAGAAAACAAACGUAAACAUUCAUAUGGGACAUUUUCUGCAAGAAGUAUCUGACAAAGUACCUAUGUUGGCUGGGAUUGAAUUUUCUUCAUCUGCAUUGGAUGAAGGAUAUGCUGCUUUAAAAGCAGAUGAUGGAAAAUUUGCAGUAUUUUUGGGAGUCGACAAGCUAAUGGCAGGAGCAUUUAUGUUAGGGUUUAAUUCAGGAAUAUUCUCAACUCUUAAUAUGUGGCCAACAUUUGGACAGAACAUAUGCCAUUUAAUUGAACAGAAAAAAGCAGAAGAAGCUAUUCAAGUACAGGAUCAGUUAAAUACUAUUGUGGACUCAGUUAGCAAAUUCGGAAAUUGGAUUUCGGUUUUGAAAAUACUAAUGAAGUAUUCUACUCCUGUUAAUGUAGGAAUACCAAGAAAGCCUCUUACUCCUUUAACUGAAGAUCAAGAAAAGGAAUUGGAAUUGGAGCUUACAAAAAAUAAUUUUUGCUAAUUAAUUAUUCAUUUACUACUGUAAAUAAAAUAGAAUCAAUAUUUUUGAUAAU